AAUCCUCUCCCAUUCUCUUUUACACAAAACCAAAACCAAAACCAACCCUCGCUUUUCAAUUUUGGCUUCGCUCGAGCAAAACCAGUCGCGGCAGUCUUAGAGAGUCCGAUACCGAAAUUUCAAACACAGAGCCGGAGCCACAAAAGAUGGGAAAUCCGAAGCAAAAAUGGACGUCGGAGGAAGAAGAGGCGCUCCGAGCCGGCGUCAGAAAGCACGGCACCGGAAAGUGGAAGGAUAUCCAGAAAGACCCCGAGUUCAACCCCUUCCUCUCCUCUCGCUCCAAUAUUGAUCUCAAGGACAAAUGGCGGAAUAUGUCUGUUAGUGGCGUGGGGGGUCCCAGAGAAAAAGCAAGGAUGAGACCAAGAGAUAGUCCUGUUACUCUAUUCUCCACCCCACAGCCUUCUGCUGCUGCUCCUGUUAAACGUGACCCAGCUGCAGCUCUUCUCAAACGUGAGUCAUCAGCAGCUCCUGUCAAACGCGAGGCAGCAGCAUCUCUUGUCAAAGGCGAGCCAGUGGCAGAUGAUUCCCCAACAGAAGCAAAAACUGAAGCAAAAACAGCUCCAAUGUACAAUGCAAUGAUUUUUGAAGCACUUUCUAACUCAACAGAUCCAAAUGGAUUGGAGACUGGUGCUAUUGCUAAUUUUAUUGAGCAAAGGUAUGUUUUGGAGAAAAAGAAUGAGGUGCCCCAAAAUUUUAGAAGGUUAUUGAGCUCAAGGUUAAGAAGGCUGGUUGCACAAGAAAAACUUGAAAAGUUUCAAAAUUGCUUCAAGAUAAAAAGUGACUCGUCAGGUGAGACAAAAGCACCACCGCCCCCAAAACAGAAUGAUGCACCACUGGCCCCAAACGCCCCAAAACAGAAUGACACACCAGCGGCCCCAAAACAGAAUGAUGUCCAACUUACGCAAUUGCAGAGUCAUGCUGAUGUAAUCCCCUAUGAAACAGUUGAGGAAGCGGCAGUGGCUGCUGCCUACAAGAUUGCCGAAGCAGAAAACAAAUCAUUUGUGGCUGCAGAAGCAGUGAAAGAGUCGGAGAGGGUUUCACAGAUGUUCGAAGACACAAACUCAGUGCUCCAGUUGGCAGAAGAGUUUCUUAAGAAAUGUUCGCAAGGUGAAGUUCUUCUGGUUGUGUAACAUCCGAAUUGCUGUGCUAUCCAAUUAGAAGAUGACCUCUGUGAUUAGAGAAUUUGUAAAGUUUUGUUUAUUAUAGUUUCAUUUGCUCCUGAGGUAUAAUCGAGCAAAUACUUUUGCAGCCCAUUUUUCUAAUAAGGAUAAUGAUACUACAUACCUUUUCAGACUGGACCUGGUGAUGGAGAAGUACUAUUGAUUGAUCUGUCUAUCAGUAUAGAUUCUAUGAUUCUUGA